UAGCUUGUGGCCGCGAAAUAUGUUCGAUCGAUAAAUCAACGUUUCAAUAACAAAGUUGUUGGUUUAUUUUCCAAAAUUUUUUCAAAUUUCAACAUGAGGAAAGUUCUUAUUGUGAUUACUUCUGGUGCUGUUAUAAGCGAAAUAAUUUGGCAGCUGUAUAAAUUAUAUCGUUAUCAGAAAGGAAGUAAUAAGAACAAAUGUAGAAAACAAUUAUUGCACAAAGACACAGAACAAAUAUUCGAGGUUACGUUUUAUUCCAAGGAAUCCGCUCUGUGUCGGAACCAUUUAGCGUCCUUCAAACCAUGUCAAAAGGAAAAUUGUCCAAUAGGAUAUAUAAAGAAGAUCAUAGAAUAUUUAGAUUCUGCACAAAGUACCUUGGAUAUAUGUAUGUAUUUUUUUACAACUUCCAAAUUAGCAGAAGCAGUUGUAAGAGCCAAACACAGAGGCGUUGUUGUAAGAAUAAUAUCAGACCACUCUUUUUUAUCUCAUAGUGGAGCUCAGAUCAUGUAUUUCAUAAAAGAAGGUAUUAGGCCAAUGCUAAAGAAUCUAAAUGUCCUAAUGCAUCAUAAGUUUGUCAUUAUUGACAAUGAAAUUUUAAUAAAUGGCAGUAUAAACUGGACCAAUACGGCAUUCUUUGGAAACUUUGAGAACAUGAUCAUAACUAAUGAACCACUAAUACUCAAUCCAUUUGUAAAAGAAUUUGAGAAGUUAUGGACAACAUUUACCAAUGAGUCUGGUUCAGAUUCUGUUUCUGAAUGAAAAGAUGAUUUCAUACUAACUUACUUUUAGUUUUACGUUUCUCUUACUAAAUAUAACGUGAACAUAUGUUGUAAAAUAUAUUGUCAAUUCUGACAUGUUUCAUUUGAAUAUGAAUGAACACAUGUAAGUAAUGUAAAUUCUUUUGACAUGUUUCAACUUGACAUGGUUUCUUAAGAGUUGAGUUGAGUUUUUUGAGACAAAAUGUCUUCAACAAUCUAUUCGUAUGCCAGUCUUCUGGUGUUUAAAGAUAUAACUCCGUGCAAAAUACGAGAUUGAAGUUUAAUUUAAAAGAAAUUAAUAUACUUUAAAAUUAAGUUUUUAUAUAUAUAUAAUUUUUUACAUUAAUUUUAAUUAAAUUAGAGUAAUUUAAUGAUUAACUUUAAUUUUAAAUUGAAAAACUGACAUUAUACAUGCGUACUUUCUCAAAAGUAUGACGGAUGGGACGAUUUUUUUUAUACCGUAAUAUUUUUAUUUUUAUUUUAGAAAAUAGAAACGUGUCUCUUUUUAAAACUUUA